AUGGACUCUCACUAUAUAGCUCCACGUGUUGAAGACUCACACCAGUCUAGAUCCCAAUCCUCCGACAACCAGCUAUCAUCAACAGAGUCACAACUCCAGGAUUUGGAUAUAAAGCCUACCAUCUCAACAUCCGGGCAGAAAGGAACAUCGACAGAGGGACCCACUACUUCAACUCCAUUAUUCCUGGAUCCCAAAUCACAUCCAGAUUCCACCUUCACAACAUCACCUACUACUGAGCAUUUUACACCGUUUCCACAAUUCUCACAGGGUGGCAUUGAUACUCACUGGUCUUGCCUGCCCACAACGGAAGAUCGACCUGGACCGACUCCCUUACUGAGACUCGAUCCAGCCGAACAAACUUCCAGUCAUCAACCUCUUCAUCCUCAACCUUCUAUCUCUCGGUCGAACUCCUAUCCAGCAAACAUGAGUGCGAUUGGCAUUCAGAAUUAUGAUUCUCGGUUUGAUGCCGGUGUGCGUCAAACAUACACAUGGCCUCAUUUCGAUUUAAGCGACCAGUUCUUUCCACAGCAGAUGAGUCCUCCCAUGGUUAUGGGAGCAUUACCAUCAUAUGAAGAUACAAAGCUCAUGCCUAUGUACGCCCGAUCUGUCUCAUCUAGUCCACCACGGGGAAGCCUCACACCCGAGCAGAGGGAAUUGAAGCGUCAGCGUGACCAUGCGCGACGAGAUGCCAAGGAAAGGAUGCGGAGAGAUCGAUCAACUAGUAACCCCUACACAGUAUCACCAAAGGCCUCUCCAGAGAUGCUAUCCAGGAGUCUUUCUGAUUAUUCAAACACUCUCGCUCCGUCACCUCUUCUCUCGCAGGGCUCACAGCAAGGCUCUCCGAAUCUGUCGAACAUCUCAAAUAUCUCCAGUCCGGCCUACUUAGCGCCGUAUACACCACAAUUGUCUGAUACGGGUUCUGACAUGUAUGGCCCGGUGUUUACAAUGGGGGCAAAUGAUCUCACUGGCAUUCCUGCAUACUCUAUGUCAAUGCCCUACAACACUGGUGCAAUGGAUCCUGCGAUGCAAGUAUUUGGGUCUCGGCCACAUUCCCUCUCAGCAUCUUCAAUGGACCAGCCAAACGUGCAAAUGAUGCAAAACAUCUAUCCUGCCCAGACUCCCAGUAAGGUGGGCUCAUCAGACUCUGGUGAUCAGGUCAGAGUUGUACACAGCCGCCCCAAGCCGCAGUGCUGGGAGCAUGGAUGCAAUGGCCGCCAAUUCUCUACUUUUAGCAACCUCUUGCGGCACCAACGUGAGAAGUCAGGCGCGGCCACGAAAUCAAUAUGCCCCAACUGUGGCGCCGAGUUCACACGGACAACUGCGAGAAAUGGUCAUAUGGCACACGAGAAGUGUAAGCAACGGAGGACGGCAGCGACGGCAACGACGACAACGACGACAUCAUCAUGA